AUGGCUCCAAUAUUCUUAGGCUUAACAGGAAGGGCCCUUCGCUUAGCCCAAAUUAUCCUGAUCGUGGCCCCAGCUUUCAUUAUCUUUGGCUACAAUCAAGCCGGCGCUGGUCCCCUGGCAACGCUGCAGAGCUGGGUCCAUAUUUUUCCUCAAAUCGACACAAUUAACACAACGGGUGCGGUGGAAGCGAAGAAUUCGACCGGAAAAGGUGCUGUGAUUGCAUCUUUCCAGAUUGGGGCGUUGAUGGGUGCCCUGUCUUGCACUGUUCUUUCCGAGCGACUUGGGCGUCGUAAGACGAUCUUUAUCGGCUCAAUCCUUACCAUUAUUGGACAGUUGCUUCAGGUCUCGGCCUAUUCACUGAUCCAAUUUACCGUCGGUCGAAUUAUACUCGGUAUGGGGACCGGUCAAUUCAGUGUCGCUGUCCCGGUCUGGCAGUCCGAAUGCUCUUCUGCCAAAACUCGUGGCCAGCAUGUUAUUGCUUCGGGCAUUUUCUUGUGUCUUGGGUACGCUCUUUGCAAUUGGGUCGACUUUGCAUUCACCAAGCUUCCUGACACGAACACCGGUCAGUGGCGAGGACCACUAGCCGUGUCAUUCUUCCCUUCUAUUGUCAUUUUGGUGUCUGUCUUUCUUCUUCCAGAGUCACCGCGUUGGCUUGUUCGUGUCAACAGGGUGGAUGAAGCAUCAACCAACUUGGCAGCAUACAAAGGCCUAUCUCUUAGUGACGAAAGCAUUAAAUCCGAAAUCGCCGGCAUCGAACUGUCAUUGGAAGCUACAUCCCAAUCGAAAGGCGCAAUUAGAGAAAUGUUCUCGAAAGAUGAUGAAGAACGUUUACUAUAUCGUUUUGGCCUUUGCAUCGUCCUACAGUUCUUUCAGCAGAUGUGCGGUGGAAACCUCAUCUCGGUAUACGCAUCUACAAUUUUCAAGAAUAAUCUGCAUAUGAGCUCUGAACUUUCCUCUAUUCUGGCUGCAUGUGCGCUUACCUGGAAGUUUCUCUGUUGUUUCAUCGCAUUCUUCGCCAUCGAUCGCUUAGGCCGUCGCACUUUGUUUAUCGUCAGUGGGGCCGGCAUGUCAGCGUGUAUGGCGGCGCUGGCUAUUACAGCCAGCUUCGACUCCAGUAACAAACACGCAUCGAUAGCGUCUGCUUGUUUCAUCUUUCUUUUCAACCUCUUCUACCCCAUUGGGUUUUUGGGUGGGAAUUUCCUUUACUGCACUGAAGUUGCGCCGGUGCGUUUGCGAGUUGCAAUGGCGUCUAUUUCCACUGCGAAUCACUGGCUGUGGAACUUUGUCGUUGUGAUGGUUACCCCAGUGGCUCUUGAUACCAUCGGGUACCAAUACUAUAUCAUGUAUGCGAUUCUAUCGGCCUGUAUUCCCGUCUUGGUGUAUUUCUUUUAUCCGGAGACCAUGAAUCGCAACUUGGAGUUGUUGAAUCAUGUGUUUCGCGAUGCUUCGUCUCCUUGGCAAAUUGUUUCUAUGGCGCGGAAUUUGCCUCAGGGUGAGGUGACUGAGGCAGACUUGAUGGCUCAUAACGAAGAAAAGGAGGAGUGUUUUGUCGAAAUGAAGGAGAAUGCCUGA